GCGUGUACAUCCAGCAGUUCCUUAAGCCCAAAAACAAAAAAUCUCUGUGCUUCCCAUUCUCCAUCUCGAAAUCCCAAUUCAAUCGUCCCUCAAAUUACCCUAAUUUCUGGUUUUCUUCUCACCAAAUUCUCACAAACCUCUACGAAAUCCUCAAUCUCUUGUUCCGGAAAGCGGAAAAACUUGAGUUUUCGGAGGUUAUAUGAAAUUUGUUUUUGGAAUCACCAUUUGUGGAUUCAAUGGAUCGAGAGGAGAGUAAUUUGUCGCUAGCAGAAUACAAACCGUUCAAUUACAGGGUAGUGAAUGGUUCAGGUAAUAUUCAUCAUCAAACGACGUCAGGUUGGCUCGAAAUUCGGCUGUUCUACGUCCGAAUCACGCCGUGCGCCGUGAACACCGUGCCGGAACAUUUAACGCUGCGGAACCUACGCCGUGAAAUCGGCGUGUCACUCGAGAUUAAUGGAUUUAGGGUUCCGUCAGCUAACACUGCUUUAGUAACGUUACGAAGGGACCGUGUCGACAAGGAGUCGUCGGAAGUGACGUAUGUUAGCACCGAUAAUAUUAGGGUCACUGGGGCGAUUGAAUUUGAGGUGAUUGAAAACGAAGGAGAUGACAGGGAGAUGAUCUUGUGUGGGUCUUUGGAGAGGAUUGAACCAACUUGGAGCAAUGGGAGUUUAGAUAACGGCAAUACUCAUACUCAUCAUCAUCACAAUCACAAUAACAACGGAUCAAAAACAGGUUGGAGUAUGGAUUUCUACGCUGCAAAUUUGUCAAAGUUUGGUACUUCUUCCCCGUCGAUCGAAGUUUACAUUGCAGGAUGUUGCUCCUCUGUACCAGUGAUAUUGACCAAAACUAUUCAAGUUAGUCCCCGGAGACGCGGUGGUUCAAGACAUGGGAUGCUCCAUGCUAUUCCGGAGGAUGAAGAAGAAGUCGAUAAGGAACCUUUGAGGGACAAUGGGGUUCUCCGGCAACGCAAAUUACCGCAGCAUACAUCAGGGGAAGAAGCCGAUGGGUAUGAAUCAGAAGGUAAAGUAGGGCCAAGCUAUUAUUCAGAGGAGAUGUAUUACGAUGAAGAUGGACAGCUUACAUGGUUCAAUGCCGGUGUAAGAGUUGGAGUCGGAAUUGGCCUCGGAAUGUGUCUCGGAAUCGGCAUUGGUGUCGGAUUGCUCAUGCGCUCAUAUCAAGCAACCACACGGAAUUUCAGGAGGCGAUUCUUUUGAGGUUUUUUCUCACUUCCCACAUCUUCAAAAAUGGCAAACUAACAUACACUGUACACACUCUGGAUUUUGAAUAUCCAGUAGUAGUCCCUAUAUGGCAAUCCAAUUCCACCCUCAAAUGGAGCUUCUUUGAGAGACAUAUAUAAAGAUAAAUGGAGCUUUUUUUUGAUAUAUAAAGAAGUAGUAGCACGGAAAAGUAAGUUAAUGGGUUUGCUCGAAAUGUUGUUUUUGUAGCUAGGUUUUUUUUCACUCUGAGUUUUGUUUUUAAUGUAUAAUCUCCCUGUGGCACCAAAACCCCUUUGUUUUUGCCAAUGACUUUUCAUUUCUUGUAAUAAGUGGAUCUUCUAUGGAAUCUCAAUGAAUAAUGCACAGUGUUUUUGGGGUUGUA